UUCGUUUUUGUAAAUUUGGAUUGAAAAUAAUUUGUGUCUUUUCUAGUUUUCUUUUUCAAGUUUUAGCCCAUGAAAUAAUCCUUCAAAAUGUCGAUAAAUUUUGAAAAUUCUAAAGACUUAGAUGAAAUGAGAAAAAUGAAACGAGAAGCGAGAGAGGCAAUUCUUGCGAAGGCAGAAAGAGAUUAUGAGAAAAGGAAAGCUAAAAAAGAAUUGGCCAAAUUAAAUGGUGAAGACAAAUGGAUGCUGCCUGAGUUGGAUGCUCAAUUGUCGGGUAAGUCGAAAAAAAGUAAAAAAGAAAAAAAACAUAAAAAGGAUAAGAAACAUAAAAAAAGCAAGAAAAAAGAUAAUUCCUCUGAUUCUGAUGAAUGGGUAGAGAAAACAUCUGAAACAACAGAACCCGCUUCAUCUGCUCCUCUUGAGAGAGAUGAAUGGAUGAGUGUGCCUUCUUUGCUUCCAAUUUUCUGUAAGAGUAGCAUGCCUCCCAAACGAACAUCCCUGAACAAGAAUGAAGAAAUUGCAAGAAAGACCAUGAUGGAAAAACCAGGGCAGUCAAGUAGAGAAUUAAAUCCAUACUGGAAAAAUGGAGGAACUGGUUUGCCACCUGAAAGAACUGAAGCAGAAUCCUCAAAAAGGCAUGAAAGUCCUAAUAGUCAUGUAGUAUCUUCCAAUCAUUCAGAAAGAAAAAAACAAAGAAUCUCAGAUAGAGAUUCCACACAUGUUAGUAGCAGAGAUAGAUCAAGAUCCCGAGAGCGAAAACAUCCAGAAAACAUUAGAAAAUCAUCAACCGUUCAAGAAAGAUUCAGAAGACCAAGUGAGAGUGACGAAGUUGUUUCCCAUACAAACAAACGUUUUUCUUCUUCGCAACCAGGAUGGAAAAAAAAUGAAGCCAAAUCAAGCAACCCAGUGGAUUCAUCGACUUCUUCGUCGUCUUCAGAAAGUGAAGAAGAAAAACAGGGUACACAGCCACCACAAGAAGAUGACAAAAUAUGGACUGAACAGGAAUUAAAUGCUCUCGGAGCAAAAAUCAUCAAAGCCGAAAUCAUGGGACAAGCGGAUGUGGUCAAAUCACUUAAACGGACACAGGCUUCCGCUCAGGAAUCUAUAGCUCGACGAAAAGCAGAAGGAGCAGCAGGAAGUAGAGAGCAUGCCGUUGUUUUGACAAGGACAGAUGCCAAGGGUGGUCAACAUCCAUUGCCUGCUCCUCGUUACGGCGAAAGUUCCCUUCAAGGAAGUAAAGGAAAAGGGAAGAAACUUAAGGCGGAGACUCAUCAAAGUGGUCAACGAGUUCGUUAUUUUGCUGAUGACGACAAAUAUUCUCUCAGUCAAAUGUAUACACGAGAAAAACAGGACAUAGCUGAGGAUCAGGACGCCAUGUUUUCGCGCUUGGCUGGCAAACGUGUUGAGAAUACAAAUGACGAUUUCGAUUUAGAUGAUAUGUUUGAAAGCCGAGCAAACCGAGAAGUUGAUGAUGUGGCCGCUGAAGCCCGAGACCGUCAGGCUGCGAUCGCCCAGCACGAAAAACGGGAAAAAGUGUUGGAUUCAUGUUCACUCUGUCUGGAUUCUCAGGCGAUCCAAAAACAUUUAAUUAUUGCCAUCGGACAAAAGUGUUAUUUGUCACUUCCCGUUCAUCAAUCGUUAGUUGUGGGACACUGUUUGAUCGUACCUCGUACUCAUGUUACUUGCGCUACACAGUUAGACGAAGAUGUCUGGGCAGAGAUGCAGAUGUUUCGCAAAGCUUUAACGAGAAUGUUUGAAGCACGCGAAGCUGACGCUAUCUUCUUCGAGACAGCUAUGCAUCUCAAACGUUUUCCCCACAUGGCAUUGGAAUGUGUUCCAUUAUCGAUAUCGGCUGGAGAGACUGCUCCCAUAUAUUUCAAAAAAGCUUUGUUGGAAUGCGAAUCCGAAUGGUCGAUGAACAAAAAGGUUAUCGAUAUGAAGGGCAAAGAUGUGCGGAAAGCAGUUCCUAAGGGAAUGUCCUACUUCUGCGUUGAUUUUGGGAUGCAAUCUGGAUUCGCCCAUAUUAUUGAAGAUGAACAACGUUUUCCACCGGUUUUUGCACAGGAAAUCCUGGGUGGCAUUCUGGACCUUGAACCACAAGCGUGGCGCCGUCCUCGACGCGAAAACUUUGAUCAGCAAAGACGAAAGGUUUUGGAUUUUGCUGCAGAUUGGAAAGCGUAUGAUUUCACACCUGCUUUGAAAUAAAAUAAUGAGGGGUGGUAAUCACUUCAUCAGUCGUUACAGUUCGUUCGAAUUGAAAUCUUAAAGUGAAUUUGAAAUGACAAAAAUACACUACACACAUAUUUUAA